CGUAUGCCCAGUCGCGAGGUAAAUAAAACACACGUGUUCUUCCGAAGGUUGUUAAAUUUUUCGUUGCUAGACAUUCGAGAAGUGAACGAUCCACCGGGAUAUUCCUCAGGAUUCGAGGAGAACAGGAUGGGCGACAAGGCCGGAGCCAAGACCAAAGGAGGAAGUAUAUCGAAACCCUUGGAAAAGAAUUCCUCAAAGAAAAAAUCGCCCGUCAAGCGUCCGGCUGAAAGAGCGACGGGUCCGCCUGGGAAACUCAGGAAAGCAUCCGAUGGAGAGAAAUCGGUGACGAAGAGACCCACCCUCAAGACUAUGGUCGGAGACGGGAAAAAGAUCACGGGCAAAAUAUCAUUGAAAAAAGAUACAGAUGGUCAGAAAUCCAUCGCGAAAAAAGCUACAGGGGCUCAGAAGCCUUUCAUGAAAAAAGGAGCUGAAGGUCAGAAAUCAUUCACGAAGAAGGGGCCUCUGGGCAAGAAACCGUUUGCGAAGAAGCCCUUCGCGAAGAAAACCGGGAAGAGCGACGAAAAAGGCUCCUCCGAUGAAAAACCGAAGUGGUUCGAGAUGAAGAAGAAGGACCGUAAGAAGAUGCGUCAACAGCAAGACAACAAGUUCUACGUGCUGCAAUGCAGCGCCAAGAAAAUCUGGGAAAAGCUGCGGAGAUCGGAUGUUCGUUCUGAGGAGCGAAACCAGCUCGCGAUGGAACUGCAUAAGUUACUCAAGGGUAAUAUCGUCAACGUUGCGGAAGCUCACGACACCUCCAGAGUUGUCGAAUGUCUCUACACUAACGGAAGUCCUGAGAUAAAGAACUCAGUUUUUGACGAGAUCAAGGACAAAAUAAUGCAUUACGCCAAGUGCAAGUAUGCGAAAAACCUCAUAAUGGCCUGCCUGCGACACGGUAGCCAAGCUCACAAAGACGUCAUCUACAAAGCGGUGCAAACUCGGGUUCCGGACUUGUUCCUGCACAAGGAAGCCGCCCAGAUCAUCUCCACCCUAUACGAAGACGUCUGCAAUAAUAAGAAGAAAGCUGAAAUGGCUCAAGAAUUCUAUUCGAAAGAGUUGGUCUAUUUCAAGAGCGAGACGGCGACGACCUUCAAAGCGGCUUACGACAAUUGCACCGAAAAGUUGGCCAAAGAAAACAUGCUGUCCGAGUUCAAGGAGACACUCGUCAAGCUGACCGACAAAGGAGUGAUCAAGUACGGACUGUACCAUAUGCUUCUGCAACAGCUGUUCGAAGUGCUCACUGACAAAGCCGAUCGACUGGACAUGAUUAAACAGAUCCAACACAUACUCGUUGAGAUUUUGCACACGAAGGAAGGAAUGCAGGUCGCGCUCCAAUGUAUCUGGCAUUCGGGCGCCAAAGAACGAAAAGCGAUCGCGAAAUCGUUCAAACAGUUCGUCAACAGAAUCGCCACCGAUGAUCAGGGUCACAAGGUCCUCAUGGGAUUGUUUGAUGCCGUGGAUGAUACCGUCAUGCUGAAUCAGAAUAUCAUCUCAGAACUCGUGAAAAACCGGAACGAGCUCGUGAAACAUAAGUUCGGAGUGAAGGUUUUCGCCUAUCUGAUGAUGGGGAGGAAUCCCUGCGUGAUUACACCCGACACUAUCGAGCUAUUGAAACAAGGAGAUGGCAACGAGGACUCGAAAAAAGACCCGGAGCUCCGUCGGAAAGAACUCCGAGCGAUCGUCCAGCAGCCCCUGAUCGAUGCGAUAUGCGAGAACUUCGAAGAACUCUUCGGGGAGGGGGAGGUCUCGGUCGCAGUCGGGGAGAUCAUGAUUGCCGCGGACGAAGACUUCCGGCGGAAAGCGUUCCUCCGAGUCGUCGAACACCUGCAGGUGCCGUAUGAGAAGAACGCUGAAAAUCACUUUAUCGAGAGUAAUCACGGUCACUUCCUCCUCAAGAAGCUGCUCUCGAGCAACAAGCUUGAAGGAAAGUCUUUCUUCGCAAGAAUUCUCAUGGAGAACCUCCGUGAGGACGCGCUUCGGUCUUGGUGGAAAUGCAACCGUGGAGCCUUUUUGAGCGUUCGCCUACUGGAAGUCAAGGAUGAAGAAGUGAAGUCCUGGGCGCAGAGUCUCCUCUCGAAAGACAAAGCCGGGAUCAAGAAGGAGAAAAGCAAGGGAGCGGAGAUUUUGCUCGAGAAAUUGUAGAGUUCCUCCUGACUGUACAUAUAAAU